GUCUUUUCUAGGCGGGGAUUGAAGUCUGGUGGACGUUUGCUUUUAAAUCAGGAAGUAGAAUCUUACGCUUGAGUUUUUUUCUUUAUUUUAAGAUGUCAACACCAGCCAGAAGACGUUUAAUGAGAGACUUUAAACGGCUUCAGGAAGAUCCCCCAGCCGGAGUCAGUGGAGCCCCGUCAGAAAACAAUAUCAUGGUUUGGAAUGCAGUCAUUUUUGGCCCAGAGGGAACACCUUUUGAAGAUGGUACAUUUAAACUGACAGUAGAAUUCACAGAAGAAUAUCCCAACAAACCCCCUACAGUUCGCUUUGUUUCCAAAAUGUUUCAUCCUAAUGUCUAUGCAGAUGGCAGUAUAUGUUUGGACAUUCUUCAGAAUCGCUGGAGUCCUACUUACGAUGUGUCUUCAAUCUUAACUUCUAUACAGUCUCUGCUGGAUGAACCGAACCCCAACAGUCCAGCUAACAGCCAGGCCGCCCAGUUGUACCAGGAGAACAAGCGCGAGUAUGAGAAAAGGGUGUCGGCCAUCGUGGAGCAGAGCUGGCGUGACAAUUAACCCCACCCCACCCUACGGACACACUCCCACCCACAUUCCCUUCUCUAGAACCUUCUCUUCAUUCGCUUCUUCAUCCUGCCCCCACUCCCCUGUUCACCAGAACCACCACAGGGCACCUGGCUUACCUGCAAACAUUCUCUUCUGUUGCUAGGUUUCCCCCUCAUGUGAUUUUUAUGCCAAGGUUUUCCAUGUUCUGGUUUUCUAUGGGCUGAAAACCAGUGGUCUGGUGGCAUCUGCCUGACUGACUUUUAGGCCUUCAGGUGGGUUCUUGCUAUGACCAAAUCUAGUUCUAAUUAUCAAAUAAAUUGUGCAUCAUGUUCACAUAUAGUGUGCUUCACAAGUUUCACAUAUAAAGCCUUUAUGAAGCUAUCAAUACAAAUACAAAUUUUGAUCUGAUCUGAUGGUACUGUAGUGCGCGCCUGUUGGAAUAUGGGGCCAGAAUGGCUGAAGAGAAGUCCCUCCCGAAGCUGUACCACUCAAAUGCCUACACUUUUUACUCUGAGAGAAGUCUGAGUAGAGAUUAUUCUGAAGUGGACUGAAGUAACUCCCAGAGCUGUACCACUGGGAUGCCUGCACUAAUAAGCAAGGCAAGGACCUUGAGCCCAAACCAGGCAGUGAACAGAGAGCUGGACACAGGUGGAUCUAAAGCAUAUAAAUGCAGGGAUCUGUUCUGUCUGCUUCUUGUGUGACAAUAAUGGUAUGCUUGUUUCUUUUUUUUGCCAAAACCCAUUUACUGAAGAGAUUGUUGAAGCCCGGCCCCAUCCUACCUGUUUCCCGUCACCUGCCUGCCUGCCCCAUUCUGCCUGUUCCCCCAGACUCCAGAGUGACAGUAUGCUGUGCUGUAGUAACUUGUGUUAAGAAACUACAUUUUCUCACUUGUAAAUAAAAAAAACUUUUUUUGUGGGACAUUGA